AUGGCGACGACUGGUGUUGGUUUUCGUUGGUUAGAUUUAUUAGAAAAGGAAUUUGAUAAAGCAUGUGUCGAAUUAGAUACUUCUUUAUCGGAGCUAGAGAGUGAAGAUCCAGAUGUAGUAUUUUCAUCUCGGCAGAAGAUAGCAACAUUGAGUUCCUGCUUUGCUCAGUUGACUCACAAAGCUUUAACAAUAUUCCAGAACAGUGCAAAACUUGAUGUAUGUAUU